CUCACCCUUGCCAGGGAUGGCACACUCCUGGCUACAUACUCAGACCCAGCACUAGGUGUCCCAACUGGUCUACAUGUGACCCCUGCAGGCCAGGUGCUGGUCUGUGGACACUUGUCCCACACUGUACUACAGGUGGGCUGGGAGGGAGAGAGUGAGCUGGCUACGCUGGCUACUUGGGAGGAUGGAGUGUGGUACCCACGGUCAGUCUGCUACAGCAGCACUACAUCAUCAAUCAUUGUGGGACAGUGGGCGGACAACAUCCUGGUGUUCAGAGUGGAAUAGUGUGUACAUUGGCUGCUGAGUCUGGACAAUGAUGCUAAGGAUGUGGUGGACAAGGAUGACCUGACUACGCAGAAGCAACUGCUAAGCACAGAAGACAAAGGAGUAGUGAAAGGCUCAGUCAAAUCAAAGUCCAGCGAUGUGAGGGUGACACAACCUUUACAUGUCCUCGUAUUGCAACAUGAAGGACAUUGUAGCUGAAACUAACAAGGGAGAGAACUGUAGAUCUGCACCAGCACAGAGCACCAGCAUUGAUAUCGAGUUGGCCGAGCAACGGCACCAGUCCCGCCUGCAGGAGCCCCAGUCCAGAACGACCCUUCCCCUCCCUUGACUUCUAACUCCUCCCCCUUGACCUCCUGCCUCAAAAAGUCAGCAUCGUCGAACAACUCCUUUCUGCAGGAAAUUCUGAGCAUGAUUCUGUUCUGAACAAACGCAAUGCCCAUGUCACGUUUUCCAAUCAUAAGCCUGGGUAGUUUUGUAAAGCUAUAGUUCCGCGUGGGCCUGAAAGGGACGAGUGUUACAGACACGAAAAGUUAUAGCAGUAGUUAUGGUAACGCUAACAGUCAGUUGUUGCUGUUGGACAUCACAACGAAUAUCAUGAAGAAUAAAAAGUUCAAUAACUUGUUCCAAUCUUUAUGGGACAAACAGAAAUUGAACGGGAGAAAAUCAAGGAACAAUAAAAGCGUAAGCUUUCCUAGUGGGAUACAUCUGUUGUUGAUAGUUUGGACAACAGUAGGGUUACGGACUGCCCCAGAUUGUCCUCACAGUGGCCAAAAUAUCAUAAUAGAACGGACUUUUGGCAAUGUUACUGACAAAGAAAGGCAAUAAUGACUUGGUUAUGAAUACCCAGAGUACGAUACAUCCAUGCUGACAAUUAAAGGCGGUAAUGACUUGGUUGUGAACACCCAGAGUACGCUACAUCCAUGCUGACACAGAAAGGCAGUAAUUACUUGGUUGUGCAAACCCAGAGCACGCUACAUCCAUGCUGACACAGGAAGGCAGUAAUGACUAUGCAGUGAACACCCAGAGCACAAUACAUCAAUGCUGACACAGAAAGGGAGUAAUGACUUGGUUGUGAACACCCAGAGCACAAUACAUCCAUGCUGACACAGAAAGGAAGUAAUGACUUGGUUGUGAACACCCAGAGCACGAUACAUCCAUGCUGACACAGAAAGGAAGUAAUGACUAUGCAGUGAACACCCAGAGCACAAUACAUCCAUGCUGACACAGAAAGGCAGUAAUGGCUAUGCUGUGAACACCCAGAGCACGAUACAUCCAUGCUGACACAGAAAGGCAGUAAUGACUUGGUCGUGAACACCCAGAGCAAGAUAUAUCCAUGCUGACACAAAAAGGCAGUAAUGACUAUGCUGUGAACACCUUGAGCAAGAUAUAUCCAUGUUAGCUCAGAAAGGCAGUAAUGACUAUGCUGAGAACACCCAGAGCAUAAUACAUCCAUGCUGACACAGAAAGGCAGUAAUGACUUGGUUGUGAACACCCAGAGCAAGAUAUAUCCAUGCUGACACAGAAAUGAAGUAAUGACUUGGCUGUGAACACAGAACACAAUACAUCCAUGCUGACACAGAAAGGCAGUAAUGACUAUGCUGUGAACACCGAGAGCACAAAACAUCCAUGCUGACACAGAAAGGCAGUAAUGACUUGGUUGUGAACACCCAGAGCACAAUACAUCCAUGCUGACACAGAAAGGCAGUAAUGACUUGGCUGUGAGAACAGAACAUGAUACACCAAUGCUGACACAGAAAGGCAGUAAUGACUUGGCUGUGAACACAGAGCACAAUACAUCCAUGCUGAAACAGAAUGGCAGUCAUGACUAUGCUGUGAACACACAGAGCACGAUAUAUCCAUGCUGACACAGAAAGCAGUAAUGAUUAUGCUGUGAACACCCAGAGUAAGAUAUAUCCAUGCUGACACAGAAAGGCAGUAAUAACUAUGCUGUGAACUCUCAGCGCACAAUACAUCCAUGCUGACACAGAAAGGCAGUAAUGACUAUGCUGUGAACUCUCAGCGCACAAUACAUCCAUGCUGACACAGAAAGGCAGUAAUGACUUGGUUGUGAACACCCAGAGCAAGAUUUAGCUAUGCUGACACAGUUAGGCAGUAAUGACUUGGCUGUGAGCACAGAACACGAUACAGCCAUGCUGACAGAGAAAGGCAGUAAUGACUUGGCUGUGAACACAGAACACGAUACACCCAUGCUGACACAGAAAGGCAGUUAUGACUUGGUUGUGAACACAGAGCACAAUACAUCCAUGCUGACACAGAAAGGCAGUAAUGACUUUGCUGUGAACACAGAGCACAAUACAUCCAUGCUGACAAAGAAAGGCAGUAAUGACUUUGCUGUGAACACAGAGCACAAUACAUCCAUGCUGACACAGAAAGGCAGUUAUGACUUGGUUGUGAACACAGAGCACAAUACAUCCUUGCUGACACAGAAAGGCAGUAAUGACUUUACUGUGAACUCAGAGCACAAUACACCCAUGCUGACACAGAAAGGCAGUAAUGACUUGGCUGUGAACACAGAGCACAAUACAGCCAUGCUGACACAAAAAGGCAGUUAUGACUUGGUUGUGAAAACAGAGCACAAUACAUCCUUGUUGACACAGAAAGACAGUAAAGACUUGGCUGUGAACUCAGAGCAUGAUACAUCCAUGCUGACACAGAAAGGCAGUAAUGACUUUGCUGUGAACACAGAGCACAAUACAGCCAUGCUGACACAGAAAGGCAGUAAUGACUUGGCUGUGAACACAGAGCACAAUACAGCCAUGCUGACACAGAAAGGCAGUUAUGACUUGGUUUUGAAAACAGAGCACAAUACAUCCUUGCUGACACAGAAAGGCAGUAAUGACUUUGCUGUGAACACAGAGCACAAUACACCCAUGCUGACACAGAAAGGCAGUAAUGACUUGGCUGUGAACACAGAGCACAAUACAGCCAUGCUGACACAGAAAGGCAGUUAUGACUUGGUUGUGAAAACAGAGCACAAUACAUCCUUGUUGACACAAAAAGGCAGUAAUGACUUUGCUGUGAUUUCAGAGCAUGAUACAUCCAUGCUGACACAGAAAGGCAGUAAUGACUUGCUGGUAAACACGCAGAGCACAAUACAUCCAUGCUGACACAGAAAGGCAGUAAAGACUUUGUUGUAAACACUAAGAGAUCCAUACAUCCAUGGGUAGUGCCACAGACGCAAAUUACGCCCACUAUUGUGAACAAGGUGCUUAAAGUGAACACGUCUGGUUUCUGUUAUGAGCACUUAGCACUCCGAGCCCAAAAGGCCUCGCAUUGAAUUGAUGCAAGAGAAGGCUUUGAAAAAUUACAGCAGUUUUGUUGUGUGGUCCAGUACGCCCUUCGACUCUCAACCUGAAGAAAGCAGAACUCAAACUCGGCUCUUAGCAAUAUCAGCAAGGCCAGCAUGUCAUCUCAGCUUCUUGUGCUUCAGUGAACUUAACUAGCAAACAUGACAAACGUCAUUGAAGUGAAAGUCGAUGACAACCUCCUUCUUGCACAAAUACUACAAUUGCUUAAGAAAUUCAGCACGAAGACGUCUUGAGUUAGACUACCAAGCCUCCUAUCAAUAUCUCCUCCCAUGUUGGGUACAUCAACACUUCCAACAGCAGAGCCUUGGUGAGUUCGACUUCCGUCUCAGCAUCGAUGUCGCUUAGCAACAAUUGGAUCAUGGGCUUCGACAAAUUAGGCCGGACAAGUCGCUCGAACUGAAACGAUCUUAUCCAAGAGAGCCUGUUCCUUCAGGAACCCAUGCAAUCAAAGAUCGGUACCUAGCUGAACAACAGGCUGUCUGGUCAGCUGGGCCCAGACGCCCAGUGACACUUCCUGGCCCAGAACCUUGGGGCAAAUGCUCAACUAGUCCUACCCGCAGGGUGGAGCCACACUGAACCUGGGGCUCCAUACUUUCUUGGCCAGGGGCCAAGAUAACCUCGUCAAUAAGGGACACAUUCCUGGGAUGCCCUAAGGUCUUUCUAUCUGUUCCAAAAGGUCUUAUACUCACAAGUUCAAGCCCAGUAGCGAUGUCCACAUUAUCAAACUCUGCAUCUCAAUAGAAACCCGGAUAGCAAGGCGUUGAGUUUGUUCUUGAAGCAUUUGCACCAGAAGCAGUCAUCAUCUUGAUAUUCUGGAAUCUCCAUGGAGAAGGAACCUCAGUCUGUGAAUGAAAGGCAGAGCAAACCUCAGAUGCCUUUUGACGAAAUCAAACCAUCCAAUCAGAAACACAGACUGUUGCAGCAGUUGUUACCAUAUUGACCCCAGUCAAACCUAAGAAGCUCAGUGAUAAAAACUGAUUUAUCACAACAAUUCAAGUGGAAAGCCACAUGUCAACAACUACAUGUUGUAUGUUGCCAGCCAAGUUGUAUUCAAAGACAAACAAUACUUUAUGCUCUAUUGUGUAUGUGACCAGCCAAGUUGUAUUCAAAGAAAAAGUCAAAAACAAUAGUUUACGUUUUAUUUUUUAUGUGACCAACCAAGUUGUUUGUAUAGGUCCCUGGUUUAGCAAAGCAUUUAAAGUAUUUUUAAAAGCACACAUAUUGCAUGUCUGUUCAAUGUCUUUGCCUUUAUUAUGAAACUUUCACUACAGAUGUUGAUCCUGAUGAUGAUAAAUAAAUGGAAAAUACAAUGUUAUCAAAGAUUUGUUAAGAUUGCCAAAGCUGUUUAAAUGAUGUUGGUAAUUUGAACAAAAUUGAAAAAAACAUUGGAGUGUUUUCAUGUUAUAAGACAUGUUUCAAUUGACUGUUUUUAACCCGUUAAUACAGAUAAGCUAAUGAAAAAUAUUUGUUCAAAAAGAUGUAAAAUGUUUACGCUUCAGAUUUUUGUCUAUCAACCUUCUGAAAACAAUACUAGUCAAUUGGCUCAUUUGGGUCGGUAUUCCAUCAUGAAUCUUUUUUAGUAGCAUACUAUGUAUUUCAUGGGAAAAUAAAUAAAUUCUGGGCAAAAUUAUCUACCUUAAAUAAUCGAUUCUGUAUUUACUACUGGUACUUUGUUGAUUUCAGUGGAUAUUGUUUGUUAAAUGAUAAUAGUAUGACUCUUGUUGAAAAGCUUUAAAUGAAACUGUGAAUUAAAAAAUAAAUAUUUAAUUUGUUUUAGAGUUUAAUGAAAAAUGGCAAAAGAUUGAUAAGUUGUGUUGUUAUAUCAUAUACUAACAUGGUCAUAAGUGUUAAAAUUUGUUUUCAGACUUAAAAGUUUAUUAUGUUUUAUAUUUGUAUAUGUACAUAAAGACGACCAGAUUGUAUCCUCUUUAAUCAAUGAGUAACUUAAUCAAGAUUUCUUGAUCAGUGUUUCAAGUGUAUAUUUUGCCAUUUAUAAGUAGAUCAACUGUAAAACAAUUGUAUUUUAAAUGUAAUGUAUUCAUGUAUUGUUGCCAUUUUUAUGUCCCCCACUAUAUUAGUGGGGGACAUAUUGUUUUUGCCCUGUCUGUUGGUUGGUUGGCCUGUUGGUUGGUCUGUUGGUUGGUCUGUUGGUUUGUACCAACUUUAACAUUUGCAAUAACUUUUGCAAUAUUGAAGAUAGCAACUUGAUAUUUGGCAUGCUUAUGUAUCUCAUGAAGCUGCACAUUUUGAGUGGUGAAAGGUCAAGGUCAUCCUUCAAGGUCAAAGGUCAAAUAUAUGGGUCAAAAUCGCUAAUUUAAUGUACACUUUUGCAAUAUUUCAAUAUUCAAGAUAGCAACUUGAUAUUUGGCAUGCAUGUGUAUCUCAUGGAGCUGCACAUUUUGAGUGGUGAAAGGUCAAGGUCAAGGUCAUCCUUCAAGGUCAGAGGUCAAAUAUAUGUGGCCAAAAUCGCUCAUUUUAUGAAUACUUGUGCAAUAUUGAAGAUAGCAACUUGAUAUAUGGCAUGCAUGUGUAUCUCAUGGAGCUGCACAUUUUGAGUGGUAAAAGGUCAAGGUCAUCCUUUAAGGUCAGAGGUCAAAUAUAUGUGGCCCAAAUCGCUUAUUUUAUGAAUACUUUUGCAAUAUUGAAGAUAGCACCUUGAUAUUUGGCAUGCAGGUGUAUCUCAUGUAGCUGCACAUUUUGAGUGGUGAAAGGUCAAGGUCAUCCUUCAAGGUCCUCAUCCUUCAAGGUCAAAGGUCAAACAUAUGGGUCAAAAUCGCUCAUUUAAUGUACACUUUUGUAAUAUUUCAACAUUCACGAUAGCAACUUGAUGUUUGGCAUGCACGUGUAUCUCAUGGAGCUGCACAUUUUGAGUGGUGUAAGGUCAAGGUCAAGGUCAUCCUUCAAGGUAAGAGGUCUAAUAUAUAUGGCCAAAAUCGCUCAUUUUUAAGGUCAUAUUUCAAGGUCAAAGGUCAAAUAUAUGGGAGGACAUAGUGCUUCACAAGCAAAUCUUGUUAUAAGAUAAACUCACUGUUAACAUUACUUUGUACAAGCCAUUGUUAUAAAAAACAUUUCUUGUGUCAAUGCUAAAAUAUGUAUUAAAUUGUUAAAAUAAUGCACAGUAACAACUUCUGAAGAGAAAAAUAUACUUAAGGCAAUAGAAACACAUUGUUAUAUGAAAUGCUUUUUAUUAAGAACACCUACUUAAAAUUUGUUUAAUUUUGUUUUACAUUAUCUGAAGAAAAAAUAGUACCUUGUAAUUUGAAAUCAGUCAAUGAAAAAUUAAGGGAGUGUUGCCAUAUGCUAACAAUAGUCAAGAAGUGCAAUUGUCUCUAUUGGUAAUACAACAGAGCAAUACAAUUUGCUUAAACAAGAUUACAGCAUAAAGGGUGCCAUUCUUGGCUACGGGUGCAGUUUUGAAUACCAACCAAGCAGUGGUCUAAUGGUAAGAUGCUGGCUUAGGGAUCGAGAGGUCCCGGGUUCGAAUCCCGCCCUGACCGCUGGAAUUUCCUUGAGCAAGAAAUUUAUCCCACAACUGCUCCUCUCCACCUAGGUGUAUAAAUGGGUACCUGUGAGGGAAAUAAGCCAAUGUGCCGUGACUGCAUACUGCGCCAAGAUGUUAACGGACGACUUAUGACCCAGUGAUCAGGGAAAAACUGUAAAGCGCCUUUGAACGCACAUCUCGAGUAUGAAAAGGGCGCUAUAUAAAUGUGGUAUAAAAAAAAAGAAUAAAUGAAAGCUUAUCAGAAUUUAUUUGAGAAGUCACAGUGACUUGACCAUUGACCUAGUGACCCCAAAAUGGGUGUGGUGUGUAGAACUCAUCAAUGUGCAUCUACAUAUGAAGUUUGAAAGUUGUAGUUGGAAGCACUUUGAUUUUAGAGCCAAUGUUAAGGUUUUAGCACGACGCAGACGGCGGACGACACGACGAACUGGCUACGACAAUACCUCGGGUUUUCUCCGUUUAUACCGAGCUUAAAAUAAAAACUAAGAUGUCUGCUUUGCAAUUUCUUCAAAAAAUAGACACUUAUGAAUGUGCUUAUAUUAAACGUGAACAGUAUUGACAUAUUGCUUACGAUAACGUUUGACAUUUUAUUAGUUUUGUAAUAGCGUGUUUGACCUUUCGCAUUGACCAUCCCACAAUCCCACAUUUGCUUUCAGUGGGGCCAGUUUCUGUAAAUCUUCCACAACAAGUUCAGCAAAUGUUUUAUGACCAGAUUUCCUCAUAUUUGGGAGUGUUUAUAUUUAACUUUUAUUGAAUGCAUAAAACACGUUUGUUCUGUUUUUGAAUAGCUGAAAAUAGCUUGAUGUUUGUAAAUUGUGUGACAUGUUGAUCAAAUUGAUACAUAUAAAAAAACACAUUUUGCAUUUAUUU